AUGGCCGCCCCAACUCAACUCGCUUACCAGAAGGUAAUCUACGCUGCUGCGCUUAUUCUCCAUGUGGCCGAUAUUUUGCAUGGGCUGCUCCUGAAGGUUUCCAUCAUCGACCCAUCAGUCGGCCAUCUUGUGGCUACGCUUCCAGCAGAGAACGUGUAUGAACUUGGAUUCUCCCCACUGGGAACGUUCAUCAUUACCUGGCAGCGGCCGUCGAAAGACGAGAACGGCGAUGCAGUAAAGAAUCUGAAGGUUUGGAGGGUGGUAGAAGGGCCUCCCAGCGACAAUGGCGAUGAAGCCUCGCGCGUGCCGAUUGGGAAUUUCGUGCAAAAGUCGCAAACCGGGUGGAAUCUGCAAUAUACCGCAGACGAAAAGUAUUGCGCUCGCGUAGUUACCAACGAGGUGCAGUUCUACCAGAGCGGGAAUCUGACAACGGUUUGGAACAAGUUGCGGGUUGAGGGAGUCACAGACUUUGCUCUCUCUCCGGGUCAAAACCACGCCCUCGCAGUGUUUAUCCCCGAACGCAAGGGCCAGCCAGCUGCCGUUAAGGUCUUCAACGUACCGCAGUUCAACGCUCCAAUCUCCCAAAAGACCUUCUUCAAGGGAGACAAGGUUCAAAUGAAGUGGAAUAAUUCUGGGACCACCUUGAUUGUGUUGGCACAGACAGAAGUUGACAAGACCGGAAAGAGUUAUUACGGCGAGACCACGCUCUAUAUCCUCAGCGCGAAUGGAUUCGAUUCAAGGAUCAACCUUGACAAGGAGGGCCCGAUUCACGAUGUUAGCUGGUCUCCUAACUCGAAGGAGUUUGGAGUCAUCUAUGGCUACAUGCCGGCAAAGGCGACAAUUUUCAAUGCUCGAGGAGUCGCCACGCAUUCCUUUCCCCUUGCACCCCGAAACACAAUGGUGUUCUCCCCUCAUGGCCGAUUCGUCGUUGUCGCAGGGUUUGGCAACCUUGCUGGGCAGAUGGACAUCUACGAUUUGGACAAAAACUACGCCAAAGUUACUACCGUCGAGGCGUCCAACGCCAGCGUGUGCGAAUGGAGCCCUGAUGGUAAACACAUUUUGACCGCAACUACAAGUCCUCGACUUCGUGUCGACAACGGAGUUCGAAUUUGGCAUGUUGGCGGCGGAUUGAUGUACAACGAGGAUAUGAACGAGCUUUACGACGUUUGCUGGCGGCCGCAGUCCGCGGUCAACCAUCCUCUGGAAAACCCACUGCAUCCCAUGCCAAAUCCCCACCCAUCUGCGCUGGCCUACCUUGCGAACAAGAAGACACCUUCGAAACCGGUAGGUGCUUAUCGACCACCUGGGGCGCGCGGUCAGAGCACGCCAAUGAGUUUCCGUCGUGAAGACGAAGGCGGAGCCGCGUUUGUUCGGGACGACCGCCCAGGGACCUUUGGGCCAAGUGCGAACACAUUCGGCAAGCCUCGACGCCGCGUGGUUCCUGGGGCCGAGCCAAUGGAUGAGUUCCUGCCUCCUGGAGCGGCUCCCGGAGGUGGUGUGGCUCUUCCACCCGGAGCACAGGCGGACGAUAAGCUAUCCAAGUCUGCGGCGAAGAACAAGAAGAAACGCGAGGCGAAGAAAGCCAAGGAGAAUGCGGACAAGGCCCAGAAUCUGUCUGUUGAAGGCGCUGGUGCGGAUCAGGCUGCGCCCACGAGACCCCACGCGGAGCGCCGUGAAAGGCGAAACCACUCUCGCAGCCGGUCUCGCGGCAAUAACCAGAAUCUGGACCCCAACACGCAUGGCCAGCAGAAUCGCAAUCGCAGCCGGAGCAGCCACCGCCGCCAGCGCAGCGACGGGAACAACAACAGAGGCAACGGACAGCGUGGUGGCGCGACCGCCAAAGUGAACACUCGUCAGCCGCCAAAUGGAACGCCGGUACCUGACGUGACUGUGUCGUCCCCGACUACUGGCAACACAUCGUCGCAGGAGAAGAAAGUGCGUGGGUUGUUGAAGAAGAUGCGCGCGAUUGACGAGCUGAAGAUGCGCCUGGCUGGUGGAGAGAAGCUGGAGGACACGCAGAUGAAGAAGAUCAAGACCGAGGAAUCCGUGCGCAAGGAAUUGGAGGCCACUGGCUGGAGUGGGUAG